AUGACUAGCGAAGUAGAUUUGGGUAUUUUACUAGAAUGCGAAUCUUGGUUUUUAACCAGUAGAUUUUUUCCAAGCAAAGUUGGAGGUAAACCAGCUUGGUUGUCUUUAAAAGAUUUGCCUGACUCGGAAAGUUUACAAUGUGAUUCAUGUAAAGAACCAACUAUUCUUCUUUGCCAAGUGUAUGCACCAAUAGAUGAUCAACCAGAAUGUUUUCAUAGGACUAUAUUUGUAUUUAUUUGCACCAAUGGGCUUUGUUGCAAAGUGAAUGAUGUUGGAAAUUUGAAAGUGUUUCGGAGUCAGUUACCGAGAAUCAAUGAUUUUUACUCUUCCAAUCCUCCAGAAGAAAUUGAAGAGGAUGUCCCACUUGCUCUACCACCGUUAUGUGCAGUUUGCGGAAGUUCAGGACGUUUUAAAUGUGGCAAUUGCCACUUAUACAGGUACUGUAGCAAAAUCCAUCAGGUUGCUCAUUGGAAGAGUGGACAUAAAUCACUGUGUAAAACCUUAAAUCAGGAAAACUCUAAUCUAGCAGGGCUGCUUGCAGAUACCUCUUUGGAUGGCUUUUUGUUAAAGGAAUGGUUAUUAGAUAUAGAUGCUGAACCUUCAGUAAGAACUUUAUUAGAUUCUGGCUGUCAAUAA